UGAAAAGGAAAAACAACCGCUUAAAAUCGCGCCCAGCUUUUUCUCUUCUCUCAAAAAUAGACCUCCGCCGAGUACGGCGGCCAGCCGCCGCUUGAGAAACCAAGGAAUCUGUUCACUGCUCAAUCACGUACCUACGCAUAGUGGCCAUCGCUUUACGCCGAGCGGCCGUCAACGCUGAAAAAAUCCUCCACAAACUCAACCUCGACGCCGGCGAUUUUUCCUGGCAGUUUUUUAAGGGUCAACAGAUUCUUUGCAGUUUGGACUUCAGAAUUUUAGUUCUGGGUAUGUUUGUUUGAUAAAGAUAUGGAAGAAUAAGCUUCUGGGUGCUUGAUUUUGUCUUGAAAAAGCCAAAAAUGAAUAAAAAUUAUAAAAUUUCCGUCAAUUUUAGAUUCGUGUUGGUGGGCUUGAUGGGGCUCGUGUUAUGAUGUAAUGAUGGUGUGUCUCAAUGGCAUUAACAUUGGCAAGAAAGAAAUUGGUGCAAGCCUGCCUUGUUAACAGUAGUUCUUUCGGAUUCAUUUCGACAUCAACUAUUCAGACACCGGUGCUUGUUAACAAUGGUUUUGGAAGGUCUCUAGUAUUGGAUGGAUUGUGUAAAUAUUUUUGGUUUUCAAAUCUGAGAUGCUUUUGUACUGGUAGUAUUGUGCCUGAAAAAUUAUGUUGGGAAGGUACGUCUCGUGAAGUUUUACUGAGAAAGCUUGAAUUAACACUGAAGAAUCAUAAAGUGGAUGAAGCAUGGGAAACUUUUAAUGAUUUGAAGAGAUUGCAUGGUUUUCCUGAGUGUUCAAUUGUGAACAAGUUUGUCACGGAGUUGUCUUACUCAUCUGAGUCUCAUUGGCUAAAAAAAGCAUCUAUUUUGGUUCUUAUAAUCUUGAAAGAGAAACCGAAUUUGCUUCAGCUUGACGUUCUAGCGAAGCUGUCCCUCUCUUUAGCAAGAGCUCAGAUGCCUAUCCCUGCUUCGAUGAUACUUAGACUGAUGUUGGAGAAAAAAAAUCUUCCAGCAAUGAAUGUAUUGUGGUUGGUUUUUCUGCAUAUGGUGAAGACUGAAACUGGGACGUGUGUUGCAUCAAAUUUCUUGAUUCAGAUGUGUGAUUGUUUCCUACUUUUAAGUGCAGAGAAAAGCAAUUGCGCAAAGCUGAUCAAACCUGAUACAAUGAUCUUUAACCUUGUGCUGGAUGCUUGUGUGAGAUUCGGAUCACCUCUUAAAGGCCAACAUAUAAUGGAACUUAUGUCACAGACUGGGGUCAUUGCUAAUGCUCACACAAUUGUUGUUAUGGCUCAGAUUCAUGAAAUGAACAGUCAGAGGGAUGAGCUGAAGAAAUUUAAAGAUUACAUUGAUCGAGUAUCAGUUCCAUUUCUGCAGCAUUACAGGCAGUUUUAUGAUAGUCUUUUGAGCUUGUAUUUUAAGUUUGAUGAUAUUGAUGCAGCUUCUGAGCUUGUAUUGGAUAUGAAUAGAUAUCGAGACUCUCUUCCUGAUCAAAAACUUAUGAAAGGCAGUCAAAAGCCUUGCCUUGUUCCGAUAGGUUCUCCCAAUCUGAGGAAUGGAUUGAAGAUACAGAUUAUGCCUGAGCUACUAGAGAAGGAUUCCAUCCUCAAAAUAGAAGGUAAACAGGAGCUCAUUCUCUUCAGAAAUGGGAAACUUCUGCUCGGUAACAGGGCUCUAGCCAAGCUCAUUAAUGGAUACAAGAGAUAUGGGAAGAUUAGUGGGCUGUCAAAGCUCUUAUUAAGCAUUCAGAAGGAAAAUAAUUCAUUGGAGGAAUUCGCUUUGUGUUCUGAUGUGAUUGAUGCUUUUAUUCAAUCAGGUUUGCCGGAGACUGCUCACGACAUCUUGGAUGACAUGGAAUCAGCUGGUUAUCCCAUGCGCUCUACUACAUACAUGUCGCUUCUAAGAGCUUAUUACAAAUUAAAAAUGUCUAGGGAGGCCGAGGCACUGUUAAAACAAAUGAAGAAGGUUGGUUUGGCUCUAAAUUUAUCUGAUGAGAUGGGCAUCUCAAGCACAAAACCAUCAGUAGGUAGCUCAGUUUUAAUUCGAGAAAUGAGAGAGAAGGAAAGGACAGUUCCUUCUGCAGUCUAUGAGUUAAACUCUUCUAUCUUCUUUUUCUGCAAAGGCAAAAUGAUAGACGAUGCUUUGAAGAUAUACCGAAGAAUGCAGGCAAUGAAUAUCCAACCAACCGUGCAAACCUUUUCUUAUUUGGCAUACGGGUACUCUUCUUUGGAAAUGUAUCGUGAUAUUACAAUCUUAUGGGGCGACAUUAAAAGGAACAUGGCAACUGACAAUUUAGCGGUGAACAGAGAUCUGUUUGAGAUCAUGCUGCUGAACUUUCUUAAAGGUGGUUACUUUGAGAGAGUGAUGGAGGUCAUCAAUUACAUGAAAGAGCAGAGCAUGUACAUAGACAAAUGUAUGUAUAAAAGCGAGUUCUUAAAGCACCAUAAGAAUCUAUAUCAGAGCUUAAAAGGGUCAAAUGUGCGAACUGAGGCUCAGAGCAAGAGGCUUGAACAUGUCAAGGCAUUUAGGAAAUUGGUUGACAUCGAUUGAAAAUUCAGCCUGAAGUUGAUGGCAAUCCUGGUGGAGAUUAUUUCUAUUCUAUUUAAGGGUGUAGAAACUAAUUAAACUUGAACAAUGGUGAAAACCAUUGAGCACUGUGGCUAUUGAUUAGGAAGUUAA